GAGGCCGCUGAUUUGCGACAGUUUCACAAACAAUAAGCCGUCACAAUUUACGGCAGCUGCGGUGGAAGUGAGGCGCUGCCAUAAAAAAAAAGGUGAUGCGCAUUGGAUUGCCUGGUGCAGAGACGUUGCAAGUUGGGUCCUUAAAGGCUUUGAUCUUGACGGUGCUUUUGAGCGUGUUUAUGUUCCAGCUGCUGAGGACUGUAGGGCUGCGAGCAUUCUCCAUGGCUUCUGAGACGUACAUCUCGGGGACACACUCGGCAGCUUUUGUCACCUGUCCUAAUGAAACUGUUGCCAGAGACUUGGCUAGAUGAUCAAAACAAGAAGUUCCAAGGUGCCUGCUCUUGCUGAAUAUGUUCGCUCUAAACAUCCCUACGAGGUGGCUGAGGUCAUCAGCCUGCCCAUCGACCAGGGCAACCCACCCUACCUGCAGUGGAUUGGAGAUGUUGUGCCAGAGUAGAGCUGGACAAUUUUCAUUAGAACAAAAGGAUGAAAAUACAGUAAGGUUAUUCUGAAUAUUUUUUUUCUCAAAAGGCUUAGAUUUGUUUUACUCACACUAACGUCUGGAAAAACAAAGGUAUUCAAAACAGUGUCGUUUUACAGCCAUCAUAUGAGUUAUGCGGAUAAAUAUAUUUUUUAACCUUCAAAUAGUUUUACCACUAGAGGGCAACAUUAAGCCACUUGUUGAUGCCUGAAAUGAUCAGACUGCACAAUGUUUCAGUGAGUGUUACUUUCYGAAAUAAAUUUCUGUUGAUAUA